ACGUAAGCGCCAUUUUGGACAUGGACUACCAGUAGUCUACCAAUAGUCUACCACAGCUAACAUCCAGGAGCAGUACUAUUAAUAGUAAAACAUCGAAACUUUACUUAAAAAAAACAAACGUCCAUCAUGCCCUUAUAUUGCUGCGCACCUGGAUGUAGUAACAAUCAACACACGAGGGAAGAUAUAUCUUUUUAUCGGAUCCCAAGAGAUGCUGACCGAAGGAGAAGAUGGAUCGCGGCCAUUAACAGGAAAGAUUGGGAACCCUCCACAUACCAACGCUUGUGUAGCGACCACUUUGUUGGAGGCAAGAAGAGCAACAAUCCCUUGUCUCCAGACUACGUGCCCAGUGUGUUCAAGUAUCUGACGUCUCCACAAAAACGACGGGUAGGAGCCAGCCUUGAAAAGUUUCACCAACGUCAGGAUCUUAAGAGAAAGAAAAGAGAGGCUGAGGUCAGGAUCAAUGUGGCUCAUACUUUGUUGGGGCUGUCAGACUGUAAUGAACAGGUGAACCUGGACGUUGGUCAUGAUGUCGAUGCAGAUGCAUCUGUCGAUGCAGAUCACAUUAGUGUGUGUUGUCAAACUGAUCUCACUAUGACUGACAUGACUGCCUUGGAGAUAGAGUGUCAGAAUCUGCGUGCUGACAAUGCUGACUUGAAGUUAAAGCUGGUUUCUUGUGAUAUGCUGUCAGAAGAAUCAUUUCGGAACAAUGAUGAGAAAGUGAGAUGUUUGACUGGUUUACCAAGUUUUACUCUUCUGUUUUCCAUCUUAAGUAUGGUAAGGCUGCAGUUGAAAGAUACCCCGUCCAUGUCAUGUUUUCAGCAAGUGUUGUUGACCUGUAUGCGAUUACGGAUGAAUCUAACAAUGCAGUUCCUAGGCUAUCUGUUUAAUGUGAGUAGUUCAACAGUUUCACGAGUGUUUGAAAAUGUACUUUCCAUUUUUGAUGAAAAUGUGGUCCCAGCGUGUGUGAUUUGGCCUGAACGAGGAGAUGUAAGGACAUCACUACCUAUGUGUUUCAGGAAACAUUUUCCUGACUGCAUCUGUAUUAUUGAUUGCUUUGAAAUCUUUAUGGAGACACCUACAGAUCUGAAAGCCAAAUGUCAAACAUACUCAAAGUAUAAAGCUCAUAACACAAUGAAAUAUUUGAUUGGAAUUACUCCACAGGGUGUGAUAUCAUUUAUUUCAAGGGGAUGGGGAGGAAGAGCAACAGAUAACUUUAUUACAGCAAAUAGUGGCUUUUUAGACAACUUAUUACCUGGUGAUCUUGUCUUAGCGGACAGAGGUUUUACAAUUCAAGAUCAAGUAGGCCUUUAUUGUGCCAGAGUAGAAAUUCCUGCAUUCACCAGAGGUAAAAAGCAGCUGAGUCCUGUGGAGUUGGAGGAUACUCGGAAGUUAGCAUCUGUACGCAUUCACGUAGAACGGGUUAUUGGGCUCGCAAGGUUAAAAUAUACUAUGUUACAGGGUCCUGUACCAAUAUCGCUACUGUAUAACACUGAGAAUUCUGAGUUAACUACUCUUGACAAAAUAGUAAGGGUUGCCUGUGCUCUAACUAACAUCUGUCCUUCUGUCAUUCCUUUUGACUGAGAUCUGUCACAUCUGAAAUUCUCACUGCAAAUAUCACCUGAUUGUGUAAAUAUGUACAUGACUGUAAAUGAAUUACAUGACAGUAAAUUUUGUAUUUGCUUUUUUUACAUGCAUUUUUUUACAGGGCACGAGACUCUCUUUACCUGUAGGUUUGUGAAAAAUAAAUCCAUGUACA